GGCGCCCGAGAGUAUCCUGCAGAACGGCAUCAAGCGAUGCUGCUGAACUGCCUCGGCGAAGCCGGCCAGCAGAUUUAUGACUCACUGCCAACGCCUGAACCUGCUGUUGAUCAGGCUUUAUCACCGCUAGCAGCAGCAGGUGGCGAGCAAGGUGUACGCGCUACUUCUGAUGUCUACAAAGAAACCAUCAAGUUGCUGGAAGCCGAAUUCACGCAGCCGACGAAUGUGACGCUGCGGGAGCUUCAGUUCCACUCACGUAGACAAAGAGAAUUCGAGUCUCUUCAGGAUUUUCUAACCGCAUUACGGACGUUAGCCGUCCAGGCAAAUUUUGGAAGUCAAACGCAAGAUUGCAUCCGCAAGCAGUUCAUGAUUGGGGUAGCAUCGAAGGAAAUUCAAGAACGCAUGGUCCUUGAUGCAGCUCUUCCGUUCGACGUAGUAAUGCAGACCAUCAUGAACCUUGAGCGGUCACGACGCGAAGUUCGAGAAUGGGCUAAUGCCACCGCGUCAACAUCCAGUGGGCAGACUCGUCAAGUUACAGAGACGUCAGCGAGCCGCGACAAAGCCCGGAGACUAUCUGGCGAGAGACAGUUCGAAGGGCGCCGAGGGCAUUCUCCGGGAAGGACACUCCGACAGACCCCACAUCAGAGCAGUCCUCCACAGCACUCAUAUUAUGAGUCAUCGCCGUCAUCUAUACAGAGGGCAUCAUCGCGACCCUUCGCAAAGCCGGGUGCAAUCUCAAGCGACACGUACACCACACGUGGUUUGGAACCAUGCGUGACCUGCGGAGGUAGCGGGCGUAACCCGUAUUCCUGCAGACAGCAACGUCAUGGGCAGGCGUCCGACCAUCGUCGGGACUUUAAAGUGCAGUUCAGCCUCCCACGAGACGGUUCUCAAAACCUACAGGCUUCACGACAGCCAGACAAUUUCCGCCGCACGCGCGUCUGUACGAAUUGCGGGAAUGGCCCACACAAAUGCCAGAGCUACGACACCUGUCCCGCAGACAAAAAUAUUGCUUCAACUGUGGCCGACGGGGUCAUCUUGAUCGUGUAUGCCGGAGUAUGCGUCGAGAUCGUCAGCGAUCUCAACGAAAGCAAGUGGAGAAAGUCCUCUCAGAUAGCGAUGCCUACAACGAUGACGAUUAUGACCCCGACAUUGUAUGUCACAUUAGUGAAUCUUCGAAGGCGAGAAUCUACAUUAGUGUCAAGGUCUUUGGAACGCCAGUGA